AUGGUAGACAGUUAUGACUAUCUUCUAAAAUUCCUGAUAAUCGGUAAUGCGGGCACCGGCAAGACUUGCAUUCUGAGACGUUUUCUUGACGACGUCUUCAAAGAAGACACCCUUCACACGAUUGGAGUGGAGUUUGGUACAAAAAUAAUCCAAAUAGUCUAUGAUAUAUCUUCUCGUGAAUCUUUUAAGCGCGUCUCCGAUUGGAUUGCCAGUGCGCGAGAACUGGCAAAGCCUGAGUUGGCGAUUAUAUUAAUAGGCAAUAAAGCGGACUUACCGGCUGACGUCCGUGAGGAGGCUUUUUACGAAGGUGCAAGGACUGCCCUAGAAAGAGCCAAGGCUUCAAACACAACCGACAUGUUUUUGCCUGCUGGAAGUUCUGGAACCACUUACCUUCAUUCACGCAACAAAUCUACCAAUUCCAUCUCCUCAUGCACCGGUUCCUGUUAA